AUGUCAACCUCCUGGAUCCCUGUAGUUGCUUUAGAUAUGCAGAGACAGAAGAACAGCACAAAUAAGGCCAUCAUUGGUCUGCAAGGGCAGGUGGCGAUGCUGCAGAAGCGCGAGAAACAUCUACACAGCCAGAUAGACGAGCAGGGUGCGAUUGCGCGCAGGGGCUCCAUCUCAGACAGGGCCGGCGAGUUCAAUGCUUCGAUUUAUUGA